GUGGAGCUAGGUUUGCCGAACUAAACAGCCAAACACGGCUAUAUAGAAAUAUAGAAAGCAAGAAAAUAGUCUCCUUGUUUUUUCUCUUCUUCUGCAAUUUCUUUUCUACAACACCCUAAGAAAAUGGCGGCAUCUUCUAGAAAAUCGAGUGGACCGGUUCUCCGAUCCCUCUCCCCAUCAGGCCGAUUCAGUUCUCACUAUGUUUCACACUCUCCGUCUUCUUCUUCCUCGGCUUUUGCUUAUUCCAGUUCGAGCUUUACUUCACGCUCUUCUACUUUCUUUAAUCAACCUAGAUCUAUUUCUCCGCCGCGCGUCAAUGUUUAUAACCACACUCAAUCGUCGCAGUCUGUUCGAUUCUCGCUCGAUAGCCGUCCGAUCUCGCCGAAUCGUUCGAUUUCAGCUGUCCGUAGAAACACCGAGGCGUUGAGAAAUUUACAGAGCAAACAGCCAAAGCGUACCUGUAUGUGUUCCCCUACGACGCAUCCUGGAUCGUUUCGUUGCAGUCUUCAUAAAGGAUUCAAUAAUUCGCACGCGUCGUCUGGUUACGCGCCUAGCAAUCGGCUUAACGCGCGUAGAUCUGCGAUGACGAACUCGCUGGUGAGAAUUGGAGGAGUCGAAGGAGAUUUGGUUAAGAGAGCGUUGUCGGCUUUGAUUAGACCUUCCUCUCACCAGCAGCGUCGACGUGCAGCGUUUCAGCCGAGGCCUAGCCGACUCUCCGUGAUGUCUAAAGCCGAGGAUUGAUGAAGGUUCCUCUUGAGUGGUAUUGCUUUAUUCUUUCAAGCUUUUUGGUUAAGUCUCCGAGAUUUUGCGGUGAUUGGAGAUGGAGCUUUGGAGUAGCGCCUCAGAUGAUGGCGGUGAAGUCAGAAUCCGACGAAGAGGUUGGGGAUCUGGACGAAAGGACUCGGGACGGAUAUGAUUUUUAGUUUACUCCGGGCGACCGAAACCGUAGAAUCCGAUCAACAUAUUAUCAUAUACUUUGUUGGUGUAGAUACAUAUAAUUGCAGCCAAUAGCAAAUUUGAGGAUUGAAAUCGGUCAAGCGUUUGCAGAGCUUUUACACAACUUCAUUUUACUUUGACCGUGCAAAGGAGGAGAAUUAGACUGAGCAUUGGAUUUACAAUUUACCUGAACAGACAUCAAGGACAAAUUAAACUUAACAUUGGAGAGACUGGGAAGUGUCAAAAACUUGAUUAUAGAAGUGACAGCAAGGACCCCUUUGGUAAAAUUGACAGAAAUUAAGGGGAAAAUGAUGAUAGUUAAAAUCAUGUUAAUUUGAAAUUAAUGAUGCAUAAAAGACAGUAAAAAUGAGAAAGGAUGGAAAUGUUGACAAAUAUUUAGAAUGAGAGUUGACUACGACAUUUAUAAAUAAAAUAAAUAAAAUAAAUUUCCAAGUGA